UGGCUCCAACUCGGCCGCAUUAUUUAUGUGAGCGUUAUCCUCUGCCUACCAAUCCUAUAAAUACCCUUUACUACUUCUUACAAUUACAAAUACAUUCAUUCUCCUAUCCUUUUCCAUAUCCAAUCCAUUAUCUAUCUUCACUUUCUUCUACCUCUCAAUCUGCAUCUUCAUUUUCUCUCUGGUAUAGACUUGAAGAAAAUGGAAGUUAAGGGUGGCUAAGUCUUGGCAACUUCUAUGGCCUAUUCUGGUAUAUGACCUGUGUUUAUGUACUCAUAAUUUUGUAGAUGAGAUGAGAAUUGGUUAAUUUCUAUUUUUUUCCUUCAAAUAUAACAACUGUCCUAAUUUGUAGAUAUCCGGGCAAUGUGUGAGGGAGGAUACAUCUUUGGCAGAUCAAGAAAUAAUUGGCAGAAAACAACUCAGAAGAAUCACUGUAAAACAAAAACCACUGGUAUGGAAUCUGAAUCAGACUGGACAAAGCAUAAAAAGUCAUCUGCUUAUACGGCUCAAGUGAUUCGUUCUGCAACAUCUUUUAUGCCUUGGUCUUGUAGAAUCCCAAUUGGUGAAGGAUUUCAUGAAUUUCUUUAGUUAUAAGAUUUUGGAUUCUCAGUAAAACAUUUUGUGCAUUAUUUGGUUAAUUAUUCACAACAAAAUUCUCUACAUUUUCGUGCUAUAUUGUUGGUUUGGCAAAUGCCUGGUUUUGUUGUUGGAAAGAAGAGAUUUAUAAAGUCAAAUAUGUGUUUCGCCGAUUCAGUCAAUCAAGAUAAAUCAACUCAUACGCGAAGCAAUCAUAGUUUAACUAGUGAGUCUAUGGAUAAAGAUGAUAGCCCUAUGGCUAUUCUACCUGGGCUGCCCGAUGAUGUCGCAAAGUAUUGCCUUGCACUUGUUCCUCGUUCUAACUUCCCAACUAUGGGUGGUGUCUGUAAGAAAUGGAGGUUGUUUAUUCAAAGCAAAGAAUUUGUAAUGGUGCGAAAAUUGGCAGGGUUGCUAGAGGAAUGGCUCUAUUGCUUAACAAUGGACAGUGAAGGGAGGGAAAGCCAUUGGGAGGUAAUGGAUUGCCUCGGUCGCAAAUGUCUAUCCCUUCCACAAAUGCCUGGUCCAUGUAAGGCUUCGUUCGGGGUUGUAGUUCUUAAUGGAAAGCUUAUUAUCAUAGCUGGUUAUUCAGCUAUUGAAGGAACCGCCGUUGCCUCAGCAGAGGUUUACCAAUAUGAUUCGUACCUUAACAGUUGGAGUAGAUUAUCAGACAUGAAUGUGGCUCGUUAUGACUUCGCUUGUGCCGAAGUGAACGGCUUGGUUUAUAUUGUUGGAGGUUAUGGGGUGAAUGGUGACAAUCUCUCUAGCGUUGAGAUGUAUGAUCCAGAUACUAACAAGUGGACACUGAUAGAGAGCCUUCGUCGCCCAAGGUGGGGUUGCUUUGCUUGUGGAUUUGAAGAUAAGCUCUAUGUCAUGGGUGGAAGGUCAAGCUUUACUAUCGGAAACUCCAGGUUUGUCGAUAUAUAUAACCCCGAGAAGCACAGCUGGUGCGAGAUUAAGAAUGGCUGUGUUAUGGUCACGGCUCAUGCAGUAUUGGAAAAGAAAUUGUUCUGUAUUGAGUGGAAAAACCAGCGGAAGCUGGCAAUAUUCAGUCCAGAGAACAACUCAUGGACAAUGGUACCUGUCCCAUUGACAGGGAGCUCGAGUGUUGGUUUUCGAUUUGGGAUACUGGAUGGAAAGUUAUUGCUAUUUCCCUUGGAAAAAGAACCUACUAGUCAAACAUUGUUAUAUGAUCCAAAUGCAGCUUUGGGAUCAGAGUGGCAAACUUCAGACAUAAAGCCAUCUGGUUUGUGCUUGUGCAGUGUGACAAUGAAGGCAUGAAACUUCUACAGUUAUGAAGUUUUCUGCAUUUUAAUUGAAGUUUAAAAUCGUCUCAAGCUCGGUGUCUAUUAUAUUAUCAGAUUUUCAUCUGGUUCUUUUGCUUUGAGUUUUGACUAUUGUUGUUGUAUUUUUAGUUUAUAUUUAUGUUGUUGUCGAUUUUCGAGCAUGCCCUUUAUGUCUCUCUUGCAUGUAAGGGAUCAAUUCCCUUUGUAUUGUAAUAUUAAUAACUUUGAAGCAGCUCUAUUUCAAUUUAUGGUGGAUGAAUUUUCUGUUGAU